UCGUAGAUGGCAAACGGACAGCUGUCAAGGGCUGAUGCAUUGGCCUGCUCCGAUUGCAGACACGCAUGUCAUGUGAUGCUCUACUCUGACACGAAAAGUCAGCUUUUUGGUAGAACUCCCAUCAAACAUAUCAUACUGAUGCAGAUGCGCUUUGACGGUCUGCUUGGUUUUCCUGGCGGGUUUGUUAACCAAGAACAGGAGAGCCUGGAGGAGGGACUUUUUAGGGAAUUGCAGGAGGAGUUGGGUGUGGCUGUUUCUUUAUCUGAAGAGGAUCAUGUGGAUGCUCGCCAUGCCCCUGGAACCUCCCCUUCAUCCCCCCGUCUCAUCACUCACUUCUAUGUGAAGAAACUGAAGGAGGAGCAGAUUAGGGAGGUGGAGCAAGCGUCUGCAUCCACAGCAAAAGAUCAUGGCCAGGAGGUUCUGGGGCUGGUCCGAGUCCCACUCUACACCACUAAAGGUGGGGGUGGGCUCUCAUCAUUCCUGUCACAUGCAUUCAUCGGAAAUGCUCGCACCCAGCUGAUCAACUCUCUGCUGCGCUUCAACCUGCUUUCACCCGAAGAUCUGAACAAAGCUCUCAAGCACUCACUGAAAACGCAUGCAAAUGGUGCAGUGGACCUGAAAGCAGCACUUGCGUUGACCGAGGCCAAGAAGGAUCAGUCUUGA